UCACCUCUGAGCAGAUCGAGCACCUGCACCGGCGGUUCAAGCAGCUGAGCCAGGACCAGCUCACAAUCCGUUUUGACAACAUUCCCGACCUGGAAUUCAACCCAAUCAGGGGGAAAAUCGUCCAUGCCUUUUUCGACAAGAGGAACCUGCGGCAGGAGUCGGAUGGGCUGGCGGAUGAGAUAAACUUCGAGGACUUCCUGACCAUCAUGUCCUACUUCAGACCCAUCGAGAUGAACAUGGACGAGGAGCAGCUCGACCGCUUCCGGAAAGAGAAACUCAAAU